AAUAACUUCUUCGCUAGUGAAUAAAAUAAUCACAAAAUUUAAUAGCGUAAAACGAAAAUACAGAGCUCAUACGAAAGACUUAUAUAACGCUAAACGUCAAACGUUGCGAAGCAGGAAAUUGGGUCUUUCUGAAAUUCUCACAGAAGAAAACCAAAUUACAUGGGUUUAUUGCUUCAGUCGCCUUAUUGUGUUUGCUUUUCAAUUAAUAAACGAACAAAGAGCUUUACUGUAUAUCCUUGGAUCUAUGCAAUGAUGAGUUUAAUGAUAUGGUGGUUAUUGUGGCUGUUAUUUGGUCAAGGAUUCACGAUGAAAAUGGGUUGGAAUGAAGAGCUUGAGUUUUGUGAGGAAGAAUGGAAGAAAUUUGUGGCGGACAAAAUUGAAAUCGAUUCGAAAUGCAACAAUACUCGUACACGUUGUUGUGUUGAGGAGAAGAAAUAUCUUUUGGAGCGAUUUAAAAUGUUUAGUGAAAUAUGUCCUCUUGAAGGGACAUGUGGAUGCAGCCCGAUUAUUAUGAACGUUACUGCGCCAUUCUACGGAUAUCGUUAUUCUCUUUAUUCUCCAUCCGCAAAAUGGAAAGAACCAGAAAACUUCACGUGUUCACAUAAGUACAUAAUUGAAAGAGUAGAAAAGUAUUAUCUUACACGUUUUACUCGCUUUGGAAUCGGACGACACUUUUUCCCUUACAAGUAUGUUUUAUACGGUGGAAAAAGUCACACUUGUUAUGUUGUCAUCAACGCGAACCCAAAACGACAAGGAAAGCCUACAGUGGUGAUUAAUUGUUCAACUCCUCUGGUUGUGAGUAAAGGUGAUAAUGUGUCAUGUGUAUGUAGAGGUGAAAGAGGUAACCCUCCUGCUAAUGUCACAUGGUUUGAUAAAAAUAACAACAUAAUUGGUGAUGUUGGAGUUGUAAAUAAGACAUUAGUAAUCACUAAUGUUACAUUGAAUGAUGGUGGAAGUUACAAAUGUAAAGCACAAAGUUAUGAUGAUCCAGGUUUCAGAGAUCAAAAAUCCAUUGAAAUACAAGUAAAAUUUAAACCAACAGUGUCGAUUAACUGUUCAUCUCCUCUGCUUGUGAAUGAAAGUGAUAGUGUGUCAUGUGUAUGUAGAGGUGAAGGAGGUAUCCUCCUGCUAAUGUCACAUGGUUUGAUAAAGAUAACACAACAGUUCGUGGAUUUGGAGUUGAAAGUGCGACUUUAGUAAUCCCUGGUGCCUCAACAAAUGAUCCUGGAAGUUACAGAUGUAAAGCUGAAAGUUUUAAUGAUCCACGUUUCAUUGACGAAAAAUCCAUUGAAAUAAUAGUGAAUU